UCAUCACUCGCCUCCACUCCACUCUCCAUCCCUCUCUCUUCUCUCUCUCUCUCCGCCGGCGGAGGCAGAGGCACCGCCGGCAUUCUCCCCCGCAAGCCCCGCCUCGCCUCCUCCCCCUCCCCGCCGCGCGCCGCCGGCGAGCUGCCCCUGAGGCACACGGCGUGUGCGGCCUCCUCCUCCUCCCCUUCUCCCCCACCCCUGCGCGGCCUCCUCGCGCGCACGGCCGGCGCAGCAAGGUCCGGAGACGCGACGCGGCCGGCCUCAUUCCACUCGCCUCCAUCCCCGGCUCGAAUCGAACCCCCAAGUUGAACAAUGACUGCUCAGACCAAGAAGAGGGGUGGCGGGGAGAGCGGGAACGGUGGCGCUGGCUUGGGCCUUGCUGCCUUCAUCGCCAACGGCGAGGAUCUGGGCCCUAUCGUCCGCCACGCGUUCGAGUCCGGGAAGCCCGAGUCCCUCCUGCAAGGCCUCAGGAGCAUCGUGAAAAUGAAGGAGGUUGAGAUUGAGGAGCUCUGUAGGGUCCACUACGAGGAGUUCAUCCUUGCAGUCGAUGAGCUCCGCGGCGUGUUGGUUGACGCCGAUGAGCUUAAGGGUAUGCUGUCCGGCGAAAACCUGCGCCUGCAAGAGGUUGCUAGCUCCCUGCUGUUGAAGCUUGAUGAGCUUCUUGAGUUGUAUUCAGUGAAUAAGAAUGUUGAGGAAGCCCUAGGGAUGUUGAAGAUCUGUUUGCAAGUCACCAGUCUGUGCCAGAUGUGCAACAAGGACAUUGCAGAAGCCAGGCUUCAUUCUGCUUUGAAAAGUUUGGAGUUGAUUGAGAAGGAUUUUCUGCAAAAUAUUCCUCUAAAGCUUCUAAAAAAGGCUGUUCAGAAGCAAAUACCAAUUGUCAAGCUGUACAUUGAGAAGAAAGUUUGCAAUGAGUUUAAUGAGUGGCUGGUGUAUAUCAGAAGGACAGCAAAGGAAAUUGGUAAGGUUUCGAUAAGCCAGGCAUCCUUGGCUCGUCAGAAAAAUGAGGGAAUACAUUCCCAACAGAGGGAAGCAGAGGACUGCAGCCGUAUUGGGUUUGACGAGCAUGCUUAUGCCUUGGAUUUGGAUCUCAUAGGUGAGGAGGAAGUACUGGAAUUCGAUCUUACACCAGUAUACCGAGCAAACUACAUUCACACAUGCCUUGGUCUUGGGGAAAAAUUCCGAGAAUACUACUACAAUAACAGGCUUAUGCAACUUAAUUUGGACCUGCAAAUUCCCACGACACAACCGUUCAUGGAGUCUCAUCAGCACUUCCUUGCUCAGAUAGCUGGGUUCUUUAUUGUUGAGGACCGUGUCCUUCGAACUGCAGAUGGGCUUCUUUCUGAUAGUCAGGUUGAGACAAUGUGGGGGACAGCUAUUUCUAAGGUCACAUCUAUCUUAGAGGAACAGUUCUCUCGCAUGGAUGCUGCCAACCACCUCCUACUCGUAAAAGACUAUGUCACUCUUCUGGGUGCAACCAUGAAGAAGUAUGGAUACCAAACCACAUCAUUGCUUGAAAUUCUUGAGAAGAAUAGGGACAAAUUCUAUCAACUUCUUCUUUCUGAUUGCCGGAAAAAGAUAGAUGGCAUCUUCACUAAGGACUCAUAUGAGCAGAUGAUCAUUAAGAAGGAAAAUGAGUACCACAUGAAUGUUUCAGCAUUUCAACUUGAACCCAUUGGUGUAGUUCCGGAUUUUCCAUAUGUUGCACCAUUUUCCUCUUCAGUUCCAGAUGCUUGCCUUAUCGUGCGCUCUUUUAUUGAUGAUUCUGUGAACUACUUGUCAUAUGAUCCUAUGAUGGACGCCUAUGAUGUGGUGAAAAGAUACCUAGACAAGCUCUUGAUUGAGGUACUAAAUGAUGGCCUUCUGAAUUUGAUACAUGGUGGUUGUUUGGAGAUUACACAAAUGGUGCAGAUUGCAGGAAAUAUUGCCAUUCUUGAGAAGUCCUGUGACAUGUUCCUCUUUCAUGCUGCCCAACUUUGUGGUGUUCCUAGGCGUCUUCUUGACAAGCCUCAUUCCGGUUUGACUGCUAGAGCUGUGCUCAAAGCCUCUCAAAAUGCAGCGUACAAUGGGUUAAUAGCCUUGGCCAAUUCCAAGAUUGACGAAUUUAUGUUGCUUUUGACUAGCAUCAAUUGGACACCAGAGGAAACUCCAGAACAUGUGAAUGACUACAUGAAUGAGGUCGUCAUCUAUCUUCACACGUUAGUGUCAACUGCACAGAAUGUUUUUCCAAGGGAAGCCCUGUACAAGGUGGUUUGUGGGGCAUUCAGCCACAUCUCGGACUCGAUAAUGACAGUUUUUCUUAGUGAUCGGGUGAAAAGGUUCAAUGCUAAUGCUGCCGCAGGUAUUGACAUUGACCUGAAAAAGUUAGAGGAAUUUGCAGAUGAUAAAUUCCACAGCACUGGGUUGUCAGAGCUGAGAAAAGAAACAACUUUCAGAGAUUGCCUGGUCGAAAUUAGGCAGCUCACCGAUCUUCUGCUCAGCAACCAGCCAGAGAACUUCAUGAACCCUGUAAUCAGGGAGAAGAAUUUUGGAUCCUUGGAUCAUAAGAAGGUGUCUAUCAUCUGUGACAAGUUUAGAGAUGCUCCGGAAAGCUUAUUUGGGAGCCUUUCAGGCCGAAGUACAGUGCAAAGUGCUCGAAAGAAGUCCUUGGAUGUGUUGAAGAGAAGGCUGAAGGAUUUUAGCUGAGCUUAGCCAUGUUGCAUCAGAAAAUAAGUUAGUGCUCCCUUGAAAAGACUGCUGCCAAGUGGUGGUUAGCCUUUUUAAGUUUCUUUUACCCCUUGUAACCUCCGUAGUUCGGCAACUCUAUAUGGAAUUUAUGUAGCUGUCAUGGUUUGUAUAGGUCAAUUUUGACUGUUAUUAUGGGCAGCACUUGCAUUCUCUCUUCAAAUUAUGAACUUCGAUGGCACUAGUAUACUAAAUCACUGAGAGAAUCAGGCCUAAGAAUUUGAUCUCCUGAAUAGUUAAGUUCUCUUGUUUAAGAUGUAA